AUGUGGGGGAGUGGGUCCCAGUCGCCGCUGGGCUUCAGCCAGAGCCAGGGAGGAGGAGGCCUGUAUGGCGGGGCCUACUCCCAGGCUUCCGGGUUCGGGAGCCAGAGCCAGCAGACGCAACCGUUUGACCUCAGCCAGAGCGUCUUCGGAGCGAGCCAGAGCCAGAGCCAGGUCGGCAGCCAGCCCGCUGCACCCGAGUGCACGGAGUGCCAUUCGACCGAGAUGUUCACCACGGAUGACGGGGACAUGGUAUGCGCGACGUGCGGCACCGCCUACGAGGGCAACGUGAACGAGGUGGUGGAGAUGGAGAACAACAUGCUCAUCGGCAUCAACAGGCGUCGCAUCAAGAGGGACAAGACGCCGGUGGGACCUAGGCUUGAUGCCAAAGGCCGGAUCGUGAGCUUCGCCGACACCCGGUACUGCCUGCGGGCGUUCCAGAUAAUCUUCCUCCGGCAUGUCAAGGCGUUCUGCUCCGCGGCGGCGUUGUCGAGAGAUGCGACGGCCGAGAUGAGGCGGGUGUCUUCCGACGUAUGGUUCUCCUACCUCGAGCGCUUCACGCUGCCCGAGGCAUGCGGAAACGGCGGCAUUCGCGUCAGGGACGAUUUCAGGACCGGCCUUGACAAAGGAGAGAUCAAGGCUCGAUUCGCGAAAGAAACCGGCGGGGGGGGCAGCGGCGUUGAUGCCGGCGGCGUCGAAGGCGAGGGUCACGACAGCGGCACAGGCAACGAGGGCGGGGGCGGGUGGCGGGCGCGAGCGAUGGGGCCGGUCAACGUGGACGAGCGGGAGAUGGAGGCCUACUUCCGACGCACCGGGGACUGGCAGAGGACCGUCGGCACGGCGAGGGCUAACCCGGGCUACUCCUUGCUCCUUCCCCCGGACCUCAAUGCCGGCCUAGGCAAGGCACGGACCUUUUUCGCUCCGAACAAGAUCCCCUCGUCGGUUAUCGUUGCCACCCUCGCCGACCGCCUCGCCGCCGUGCUGGGGCUGGAGGGCCGGCCGGACUGGGAGUCGUGGACGUACACGCGCCCGGCCCUGCUCCCGCCCCCGGGCGUUGUGACGUCGUGUACGGCGGCGGCGGGGGCGGCGGCGGAGGGGAAGAGAGGAGGAGAACCAUCGUCUGUCGCGGUGGUAGACGGCCACGAUAGUGAUGACAGCGCUGGCGGCGGCGGUGACAGCGAUGAUGAUAAUUUUGGCGCCGGUGGUAUGGGGACGCGGUCUGCCGCGCGCCGAACCAGCGACAGCUGGAUAGCGCCCCAGCUGCGACUAAGGUCUAGAGGCGGCGGUGGCCCCGCCGUGGCAGCGCCCGCUCCAGCGGCGACGGCGGCGGCGGCGGCGGCGGCGAGCUCGACGUCCCUCUUUGGGCUCCGAGGCAGGCGGCAGUCGCUGCCGGCUAGCUUGACGGGGCGGGGAGACACAAGAGGAGUACGGGAGGAAGUAGGGUUGGAGCAGCCGCCGGCGAGCGGCGGCGAUGGCGGUAGCGGCGUGUUCGGUCCGCCGUUCGUUCCGACGCAUCGGGAGGAGCUGCGGCUGCUGCUGAGGGGGAGGCUGCCGGAGUACCUGGGGCACGUGGAGAGGUGGCUCGGGGGGGAAGGAAAGUUUGGGGACUGGCUCGGGAACGCCCACGUCCUGCCGGUCGCGCUCGAAAGCCUAGCGGAGGAGAUCGAAGCAAGAAGAAGAGCCGACACGCACGCAGAAGGCGUCAGAGGACCGGCGGCGGCGGCGGCAACAGCGAGGCACUCACGCAGCAGCGACGCCAAGGGCGGCAACGGCGGGGGGGGCGAUGAAGUCGUUCUCAUGGGCUGCGUGCGAGCGGCCCAGGUGGCCGCCAGCGGUAGUAGCCUUGAAGGCCACCACCUGGCCGCAGGUACCCACGCCGAAGACGGGGGGGAGGACGAUGACGAAGGGAGCGAUGGCGGAGGCGGCAAGGGCGAGGGCGGCGGCAAGAGGACGAAAAAGACGAAGAUAAGGAUGCCGAUGAACCGGGAGCGGAUUAAGAGUCGCGUUAGCGUGCGGAGCGCCAGGACAUACGACCCCAGCAGGCUGGGCCCGACCGUGGUGUACGACCCGUCCGACCGGAUAAGCCGGUUUCACCCCCGGUACGAGCUUCUCAUCGAGGCGGGAUCGUUUUACCUGCAGGUGCGGCCAGACCUCCUCCACGAUAAGGUCGAGGAGCUCGACUCCAUCCUCAUCGAGCAGGCCAAGAGGUCCCUCCGUCGCCAGGAGGCCCCCACCGGCUUCAAGGUCUGGGAAGGCCUGGAGAAGGACGAGCGGCGACGGCGCCGGGCGCGAGCCCGGAAGGAGUCGGAGGCGAGGGAGAGGCACGCGCAGCGCUGGAUGGGAAACGUCAGCCGCAAGCGGCGGAGGCAGCUCGUCAGGGAGAUGGCGAAGCGCGAGCGGAAGGAGGAGGAGGAGCAGCGGGAGCUGCUGCUGCGGGGGGAGGAGGAGGAGGAGGACGAGGAGGAGGAGGACGAUGACGAAGAAGAGGAGGGCGCGAGCAUGAUGAUGGGGGCUGCGCCCCGAGGCGGGAUAGGGACAGAAGAGCGGAGGUCGAUCAUGGGCGUCUCUAUCUCGGAGCGGCAGGACCGUAUCGAGGAGCGAGGGAUGAGGAACGCGAUUAGCCGCAAGGGGGUGUUCGGCAGGGAGACCGACUGGUCCAUCGACCGGCGAGUCAUGCCGGUUCGGCUAGACAGGCCGAGGCGGAGCGAACGGGCGAGGGAGAUAAACGCAGUGAAUUUUCUAUUUUGUUUGGCGCGGUAG